CUCUUCCAACUGCACUAUCUUUUUACAAAUACAAUAUUGGCCCAGCAAUGGCACCAGACUCAAGGAGAAGGGGUAGUCAAGUGACAUCGGCGGAAUUAUCUCUUAUUCAUCUCAAGAACUGCCUCGUCAAUCUCCCACCAUCUCUAUCCUCAUUGCUUGUGAACGCCAAUACCGUAGCACAGAAUGUUGUUAUAGAACUCAGUCAUCGACUCCCUCCUUCGAGCACAAAUACAACCGGCAAUGCGCCAACGACGAGAUCCGUUUACGUGGGGUGGACGGGGAUGCAGAGCAAACGAAAGCUUGCACCUGUAGUUGGUAGAGAUGGCAUAAGUGGUGUCAGAGGGAAUACAUCUGGCCGAGAGCAAGAAGUUCCUUUGGUGGAGAUUGAUGCGACAUUUGCGCGGACACUUGGUCUUUCAGACGGCCAGAAAGUUACAGCAAGCAUACAUACAGAUUUCCCAUUGGCACAUACAAUCAAUAUUGAACCUUUGACAGCCGAAGAUUGGGAGAUCAUUGAAUUGCAUGCCACGUUUCUAGAACUCAACUUGAUGAAUCAGAUUCGAGCUUUGCCCAACCCGAACUAUACGCCUUCCAGCGGGCCCAAACCAGCACCUCAUCCAAUAACAAUACAUCUCUCACCAACUUCGACUGCGAAUAUUGUUAUUACGUCUCUUGUUCCUGAACCACCCGCCACAUCCCCUUUUGCUAAGAUCGCUCAAGAUGCCGAAGUCAUCGUGGCUCCUAAAACAAGAACCAAACCGUCACGGGCAUCAGGAGAGAAUCGUAGCGUGUCUUCAAGGAAGAGUGCUGGAGGAAGAAGUGGUGCUAGUACGGUCCGACGAAGGAGUGGUAGAGAAGACUCUCGUCCAGCUAUGUUUUUCAGAGGUCUCGAUCGAAGCCUUUGCGGGGAAUGGUUUGAAGACAAUAGAGAUGCAAAGGAUCAAGGUCUAAAAGUCUGGGUAGACCGAGAUAUUUUGCUAUCGAAAUCUUUAAAAGGAGUAAACUGGGUCUCUGUUGCAGUCGUCAAACCUGCCAGUUUACAGGCUCCGGUGGAUCCACAGAAACAACAACAGGAGGUUGAAAGUUUAGGAGAAGCUGGCAAAAUUGCUCCCAAAGUUGUCGCAAGACUAGUAGCGUGGGAUGACCCACCCGAUAGCCACCACAUCGCAUUAUCAUCAGCGCUUUGUGCUGCAAUGACAUGUGAAGGAAUUGUUGGGGGUGUAGUUAAGCUGGAACCAGCUCCGCAACAAAUGUCAAAAGCUGCUCCACCGACCUCAAAGGAUUCUGCUUCUCAGCCUACCUCCAAAGCUAACUCUCAAAUUAUCAAGGUCUACCCUUUCGCGCUUAGCACUGGAAAGGCUAAAGAGGGUCUCAAAUUUGGUGGAGAGUCCAAGUCUGAAAGAGAAGAAGCUGGCAAACGCAUUGCAAAAAUGUAUGGAAAGCAGAGCUCUAGCGAAGGAGUCCUCGAUGGACCUAUCACCGAUGGUCUUGUUCUAGGACUGCCCAGGAGUAGUGAGCAAACUGCUGGCUGGGAUGGCGGAAUCAUCAAAUUUGAUUCUACACCCGUGGAGCCUGGCAAGCCGACCUGCAAUUGGUUUUUAGGCUCUGAGAGAAAGUUCACAAUUGAGGUUCAAACUGCAGUCUCUCGACCGUCAUCGAUGUCAAAGACCAAUGCUGUUGGCGAUCCAAUACCAAUCGAGGCCCCCAGUCUUGUCGGCAUCGACAGUCUCAUCGACCAAUUGCAAUCGCAUCUCUCGCACUUAUCAUCCGUCUUACUUACUGGUGCGCUGGGCUCUGGUAAAACGUCAGUUACGCACCUUCUUGCUCAUCGUCUACGGUCACAGACACUCUUCCACACCACCUAUUUUUCUUGCCGGAAGUUAAUCACAGACGAGACUCGCGUUUCAACCAUCAAAGAGACGUUUAGUCGAGUCUUCAUGUCCGCUUCAUGGGGUGCAAGACUUGGUGGCAAAUCUCUAGUGAUAUUGGAUGAUUUGGAUAAGCUCUGUCCAGUUGAGACAGAACUCGAAGUGGGCAGUGAGAAUGGACGUAGUCGGCAGAUCAGCGAGGGUGUCUCUGCUAUAGUUCGACAAUACUGUAGUCGAGACAGUGGCGUCGUCUUACUCGCAACUGCGCAAGCCAAAGAGUCGUUGCACAAUGUCAUUGUGGGCGGUCAUGUUGUUCGUGAGAUAGUCAGUCUCAAGGCACCCAACAAAGAAGGCCGGAGAAGAGCCAUGGAGAUGGUUGUGAAGGAGAACGUCGCCGAACACGACCAUGGUGACCUCAGGAGCCCGACCAGUAGCCGACCCACGACCGCAGACGGGAGCGCUGGAGAGGAAGAAGGGGCAUGGAUGGACAGUUCAAGCGCUACAAGUCCCCUUGCAUCAGCCAACAAAACCGAUGGUUUCAUCGUUUCACCUGAUCUCGAUUUUCUAGAUUUGGCUGGUGAGACUGACGGGUAUAUGCCUGGAGAUCUUGUCCUGUUGGUAGCUCGAGCAAGGAGUGAAGCUCUAAUACGCUCUGUAUCAGAGUCGCCCAAAGGACAAGACUCCGGCAUUGUUCAACUCAGCCGUGAAGAUUUUACCAGUGCACUGAAAGGUUUCACGCCUGCCUCUUUGCGUAAUGUAACUCUACAAACCAGCACAACCACAUUUGCCUCCAUCGGAGGUCUGCACGCUACUCGGAAAAUUCUUCUAGAAACUCUCCAAUAUCCUACGACUUACGCACCUAUAUUUGCUCAAUGCCCGCUACGUCUUCGUUCAGGUCUGCUACUCUAUGGCUAUCCUGGAUGCGGAAAAACAUUGCUCGCCUCUGCAGUAGCCGGAGAAUGUGGUCUGAAUUUCAUUUCUGUCAAAGGUCCUGAGAUCCUGAACAAGUAUAUCGGAGCCUCCGAGAAGUCCGUCAGAGACUUGUUCGAGCGAGCCGAAGCCGCAAGACCAUGCGUUCUGUUCUUCGACGAAUUCGAUUCCAUAGCACCUAAGCGUGGUCAUGACUCUACAGGUGUCACGGAUCGCGUAGUGAACCAGCUUCUCACACAAAUGGAUGGUGCUGAGGGGUUGUCCGGCGUCUAUGUUCUCGCAGCGACAUCACGACCAGACCUUAUUGAUCCCGCCCUUCUUCGUCCUGGACGUCUCGACAAGUCUUUGAUUUGUGAUCUCCCAGAUAGAGAGGACAGGGUUGACAUUCUCAGUGCGCUGGGGAAGAAAUUGAAACUCAGCGACGAAGUACUCGAGAAUCUAGAUGAAAUCGCGGACAGAACAGAAGGAUAUUCUGGCGCCGAUCUCCAAGCUCUUGUUUAUAAUGCCCAUCUUGAAGCAAUUCACGACGUCCUUGGUGACCAUGAUGCCGAGAUUGGCGGUGCCAAACGCACAAAUGGCACUACUUCUUCAUCUGGAACGAGAAACUUCAUCCAGUUUCGCUACGGCGAGGAUGAGAAUCGUCUAGAAGUCGAAGCACGAGCAAAGUCUGGGAACAACAAGUCCAAGCUUCUUGCUGAACGAGCAGCGAUCAGUUUGAAGUUAGCAGAAAUCAAAGCUGCCAAGAAGCGAGCAAAACUUGCUCAGAGAGGUCAAAAUGGAGAUGAGAACAAGGGAGUGAAAGAAGAGAAGGAGCAACAGGAAGUCACGAUUGAGUGGAAGCAUGUGGAAAGCAGCUUGAAGAGUACUCGUGCUAGUAUCAGUGCACAGGAGCGGAGCCGACUGGAAGCAAUCUACCGUGAGUUCGUAGUUGGGAGGAAUGGGGAGAUGAAAAGUGGAGAGGGGGCGAGAGAGGUUGGCGGAAGGACAAGCUUGAUGUAGAUACCUAGGUACAUAUCAGUGGAGUGAGCUGUGAAUUUGGCGCGAAAGAUGUCCACAGAGUUUGGUGAUGAAGGAUGGAAUGAGAGAGAGAGACUACAGAGCAUGUUUUGGACUUCGAGAGGAGGUCGGACUUUGAGAGGAAGUUUGACAAGGUAGCGAGAAGUUGUAGGGCGCUGAGGUAAAGGAUCGUGACUAGCAUAUUUCGUCUUUAUAUCAUCCCCGGAAAAAUGACUCCGCAAGUGUAGGACUUUAUAGCAGAUGCUAGCAAUAAUGACAGGGAAGCAUUAAUAAGAC